CCUUCUUUUUUGAAGUAACGUCUGUAUUUCAUAAGAUAAAAUAGAAACAUUCUAAAUUGUUCAACUCUGAUUACUUUAAAGAUGAAACGAUGUCUCUUGUUUAUUUAUUUAAAGACUUAAAACAUUGAUGAUCCAGACUUGAUCUAAUCUAAAUCUAUCGUUUGGACUAAAAUGUCUUCUCAUCACGAUUUACCCUUUCAAGCGGAAUAUGCUAAAAGUGGAAGGUCUUCUUGCAAAAAGUGCAAGCAGGCAAUCAGUCAAGAUUCAUUGCGUAUUGCUAUCAUGGUUCAGUCUCCCCAUUUUGAUGGAAAAGUGCCCAACUGGUUUCAUUUUGAAUGUUUCUGGACUAGAGGCAAAUGUAAAAACCCUGAUGACAUCUACAACUUUCAUAGCCUGCGAUGGGAGGAUCAACAAAAGAUCAAGAAUAAAAUAGGUGGAGGUGGAGCUGCAGAUAAAGUGGCUGCUGGUACUAGCAAUAGUACAUCAGCUAAUGAUGCAGAGGAGUUUGCCACAGAAUAUGCCAAGUCUGGACGCAGUCAGUGCAGGGGUUGUGAUUCCUUCAUUGCUAAGGAUAGCCUUAGGGUCAGCAAGAAAGAGUUUGAAUCUCAGAGAGCUGUGAUGUAUGGGCCACAGGAUUUAUGGCACCAUGUGGAUUGCUUUGUUAAAAAUAGAGAGGAACUUGGUUUCACCUCAGAGAUGAGUCCAACUGAAAUCAAAGGAUUUGCAAAGCUAAAACCAGAAGAUAAACAGUUGUUGCUAUCCAAGCUUGGACCAGGGGCAAAGACUAAGACACCUUCCAAGCGUAAAGCUGAAUCUCAACCUGAAAAGCAAGAAAAGAAAAAGGCAAAAAAAGAAGAGACAGAAGAAGAAAAAGCUCUUAUGGUGCAAAAUAAAAUUCUUUGGGAAACAAGAGACAAUCUUUCUAAAGAAGUUUCUAAUGCUGCCAUGAAGCUAAUGUUGGAACUAAAUAAUCAAGACAUUCCAUCAGGAGAGAGUAAAAUUCUGGAUGCAAUGGCUGACUGCCUAGUUUUUGGAGCCCUUGAAAAGUGCACAGAAUGUAAGCAUGGACAAUUAUAUUAUACGUCUGAAGGCUAUGCCUGUACAGGCAAUCUGACUGAAUGGACAAAAUGUAUGAACAUCACAAAGGCACCCAAGAGGAAAGCUUUUAAAAUACCUAAAGAAUUUCAUGAUGUACAUUUCCUAAAGUGCUAUCGAUUUGUCAAGAGAGAAAGAUUAUUUCCUGUAGUGACAGUCAGGGCGAAGUCUGGUGUUGUCAGCUCGUCUGUAGACUCUGUAGAUGGCGUAGGUACAAGCAAACCGCUCAAAGAUCUCAGACUUGCUGUUAGAGGAAGACUAUCAAAAAAACAACCAGAAAUAAUCAAAGAAAUUACUGACUUAGGAGGCAUUGUUAAGAAAGUAGAUAGUCGAACAGUAGUUAUCAUUAGCUGUAAAGAGGAAGUUGAAAGCAAUACAAAACAUAUGAAUAGAGCCAGAUUGAACAAUAUUCCUGUUGUGAGUGAAGAGUUCUUGUCAGCUUGUACUGGAGGAGAUUUGGUUGAAGCCAUUAAAAAGUGCAGCAUUGCACCCUGGGGCUCUAAUGUGCAGUUACGUGUUAGCCAGCUGAAGAGUGCUCCUAAGAGUGGCAUGUCUGCAAGAGAAGAGGCAAAAUAUACCAAAAGUGUCCCAGCCAAAGUUAAAAUGACAGUCAAAGGUGGAGCAGCUGUUGAUCCUGAUUCUGAAUUAGCUGAAGUAGCUCAUGUUAUUAAAGAACAAGGAGAACCUCUAACAGCAGUACUGGGCCUGGUAGACAUUGCAAGGGGAACAAAUUCUUUCUACAAAUUACAGGCAUUGGAAAGUGAUUCAGAAAAUAGGUGGUGGGUGUUUCGUGCUUGGGGAAGAGUUGGAACAACUAUAGGAGGCAACAAAUUAGAAAAGUUCAGCACCAAGAAAUUUGCCUUGGAAAAGUUUAAAGAGCUCUACAUUGACAAGACUGGCAAUGAAUGGGAGAACAGAAAAACAUUUUUAAAAAUGCCAAACAAGUUUUAUCCUCUGGAAAUAGACUAUGGACAGGAUGAGGAGAAUAUAAAAAAACUGGAUUUAGCUACAUCUAACUCAACUCUACCUAAAAGUGUACAGAACUUAAUAUGCAUGAUCUUUGAUGUGGAAAGUAUGAUCAAAGCCAUGAUGGAGUUUGAGAUUGAUAUGAAAAAAAUGCCCCUUGGCAAACUUUCCAAGAGACAGAUCCAGUCAGCAUACUCUAUUUUAACUGAGUUACAAAAGCUAAUUGAAACUAAAGGGUCUCAGUCACAAUUUGUUGAUGCUACUAACAGAUUCUACACAAGUGUUCCACAUGACUUUGGUUUGAAGAAGCCACCUCUGUUAGACACUUCAGAAAUUAUUAAGCAAAAGACAGACAUGUUGGACAACUUGCUUGAGAUUGAAGUUGCAUACUCUUUGUUGAAAGGUGGGGAUGAAGGAGAAGAUCCUAUCACAGCACAUUAUAAGAAACUCAAAUGUCAGUUGGAGCCACUAGAUCCUGCAUCAGAUGAAUUUGAAAGAUUAAAAACAUACACCAAAAAUACCCAUGCCUCGACUCACAAUAUGUAUGACCUGGAAAUAAUGGAUGUUCUUAAAGUUGUCAGAGAGGGUGAAUCCAAGAUGUUCAGACCAUUCAAGGAGCUAAAUAACCGUAUGUUGCUGUGGCAUGGUUCUCGAGCUACCAAUUUUGCGGGUAUACUGUCCCAAGGUUUACGUAUAGCACCACCUGAGGCUCCAGUUACUGGUUACAUGUUUGGCAAAGGUGUUUACUUUGCAGAUAUGGUUUCUAAAAGUGCCAAUUACUGUUGUACAUCCAAGACAAACAACAUUGGGGUACUGUUGUUGUGUGAGGUAGCUUUAGGAAACAUGUAUGAGCUGACCCAUUCUGAAUUUGUCACCAAAUUACCUAAAGGAAAGCACAGCACCAAAGGACUUGGCAAGACAUGUCCAGACCCAAAAGGUAACUAUGUGACACCAGAUGGCGUAAUUAUACCUAUGGGGGUUGGCACACCCUCAGGUGUUGAAAAAACAAGUUUGUUAUAUAAUGAAUUUAUUGUCUAUGACACAGCUCAGGUCAACAUCAAGUAUCUACUCAAGAUGAAGUUUAAUUACAAAUGGUAGAUUCCAUUGCACACAUUUUGAAAUAUGUGUAACAAAGAUGUACAGCCUAAGGAAACAAGUAUUACUUACUAUAGUGAUAGACUUUGACCGGUGGUGGUGGAUGGUUGUUUUGUGCGCCUAGUUAUUUUUUUUUAUUGUGUUUCUUAUUAUGAUGCACAUUUGACUAGAAAGUUGCACUAACACAUAUGUUGACCAUGGCAGAGGGUUUUCAAAGGUCGAGGGGGUUAAGCUCCAUCAAAAUUUUUGGCUUUAUUAUCUUGAAGCUGAGUAGAAAAGAAAUUGCUGUUUUUGUUUUAAAAAUGUUUUUUGUUAUCAACCAUUUAUAAUUUUUGUCAAAACUGUGAAAUGCCAACUUAUUACAAGUGAUUGUUCAAUGUGAACAUGUCCCAUCUGCUGGAAGAAAUCCUUGUCAAAGGAUUAAUGGGGAUGCCUUUGGACUUUUUGAACAAAUGUGAACAUGUAUUGAAUGUACUAAAAAUGUAUUAAUUACAAUACUUCACUUGUAAUGAUUGUUAAUUGAGCAAAUUACUUUAUAUUGAAUGAAAAUGAAAGCAAUCAAUUUAGUUCUUUUUAUGGAACAGAACAAGAAAUAAGUUCUGAUUUUGUUUACAUUAAAUAACUUUUUUUGUAAACUUAAAACUUUUUAUUUGGGAACUCAAACCAAGUACUGUAUCCCAAGGAAUUAUACCUUGUUUGUUUUUUUAUUUGCACAUUUUAAGAACCUUUUCAGCCAUACACAAAUGAUUCUCUCCUAAUAAUUGAUGUGCCCUGCCCAUAUUUGAUGACUCCCAACCACUAAGGAUGUUGAUGAAGCUGUAAAUAUGUUUUUAUGAUUUAAAUUUCUAUGAUUUUCAAUAGUAGUAAUUAAAGUAUGAUGAACACAUUCAUGUGUGUGUGUGUGUUUGUAUUGUUAGAAGGAUUGAGUAAAUUGAUUUUCUAGUCAGAUUUGUACACAAUAAGAGCAUGAAGAAAUUCUAAUGUACACACAUUUAUAACUUACUGAAAGUUCUUAAAGGUUGACAGAUUAUUUAUCAAUAAUAAACUCUUGUGUCCACUACUACAUUAUAAAUUACAGGAACUGUAUGCAACUAGAGAUUGGUGUCUCACUCGUUUGACAUCAUCUAAAUCAUUGGUGUUCCAUAUUUACAUUGAAAAUUACAAAUUCUUGUGAUUUUUGUUGACCUUCUUUCAAAGGAUUAAUUUACAUCUGUUCUAAAGAUUAUCUUACAAAGCAUUAACUUACAUCUGUUCCAAAGAUUAUCUUAAGCGUUGAAAGAUUACACUACAUUAAGGAACAUACUUAUAAUUACAAUUGUUAGGAUUGCAAAAAUUCACUCUUUAAGUAUUUCUGUUCUGGCUACAGUUCUCUAUAAUGUUGAUAUUGUUAAAAAGUUGUGUGUCAUUGGAAUAACUUCAAAGUUCAAUACAUUUGUCCAAAGUUCAGGACAUGUGUUUAAAUUGUAGUUUGCUUUGGUGUGUGGGUCUGGGUUAGAGGAGAUGUUAGUAUAGUGCCUAUAUGUAUGUUGUAAACUAGAACAUGGCUUUUUGUAAACAUUGGUUCUUUUUUUUUUGUGUGUACAUCUUUGAGUCUCAGAACAUGGUUCCACUUGUUUGUUUUGUGUGCAGUUCUUUCAAAGAAAACAUUCCCAGUGAUGAUGAAGUCUAGAACUCAGUUUUCUUGGGAAGUUGUUUUUUUUUUUUUAAAUGCCAUUGUAUAAUCUUUGAGUUCUGUGGUACUACACACAUUCUAUUGAGGCACUUUAAGAAAUCCUAAAUUCAACCAGAGCUCAGAAGUUAUUGAUUUUAUUUGUUUGUUAAAUAUGUUCAUUCUGUUCCAUUUGAGAAUUUCAUGUAUGUUUAUGAUUUAUUUCAAAUUAAAUUCUAGUGUUGGAUUCUUAAUCUAUAAACAAAUUUUAGUUGCACAAUGAAAACUGUAUAUACACAAAAUUUCAUUUUGAAUAUUUUUGUCAUUAAAAAUUAAAAUAUUUU